AUGCGCUUCGCUUAUAUCGUCGUAAUGGUAUUUGCGGCCACGCUUUACGACAGUAGCACGGCACUCGACGAGGCGAAGGCCAAGACUUCGCUUGAGAUUGUCGAGCCAACCAAUCUAAAUGGCGAACGGUUGCUGCGGCGUGUCGAGAAGCCUGCAUCCGACGAAAAUGAGAUCGACGAAGAAAGAUUCGUCGCCAAGUUGCUGCAGAGAUUUAGAGGACGUCUUAAUGCAAGGGCCAUCCGGAAGGAAAAUAUUCGAUAUGAGGCCUGGCUUGCCCAUCUAAGGAAGAUUCAUGGAAUAAAUCAAUGA